AUGUCAUCUACAUAUCUCAACCAGAGUAGAGCAGUACUGUACUCUCUCGUCUUUCGUCUCAUAAAAACUGCCCUACCUAAAUCAUUAUCACCUAGGCUAUUAGCUAAAACAUCUGAGUCCCAGCCUCGUAUAGAUAUUGAUAAUAAUCUAAAGAAUAAACGAUACAUAAAACGUCGUCAGACACAAUCAUUGACAGAUGAGGCUAUCAAACUAAUAAUUGAAAAUAACUAUGUCAUUGUUAAAGGAAUUUUCUACCAGCAACUUCGAGGCCUAGAAAUGGGUGGUUCAGUAUCAAAAACAGUAGCUAAUUUGACAGGGGAAUACUGCAAAAUGCCACCAAAACGAAGAGCACUGAUGGGCAGAAGUACAUCAGCUUCUAGGAGAAUGGCAGCUUCCCGAGCAGUUGAGACUCCAGAACAAGGGCAGGUUCAACGCCAGGAAGAUCGGGCAACGCAUGCGGCCUCCAGAGCAGCUGAGACUCCGGAACAGAGACGCAGUCGGGUCGAUGAUCAGCGUACAAGACAAGCAACUGCUUCAGCUAGUAUUACAUAUAUAUAA